CUAUUAACAAAUUGAAGAGUUCCAAGACAAUUAGUAUUUUUUAACUAACAAAUUAAUUAUUAAAUAUCUAAGACAUUGCAAAUUGCUUUCUCUAGUGUUAUUUUUCAAUGCGACAACUUGAUGUGUUUGGUAGCUAUGGUUUUUGUCAAAGCCAUCAAAACGUGAUCUUGUUUCGGACCUUUUGUUUUUCAUGAAUCAACUAGGUAGUUUCUUCAAACAAAGAAUAAUGUUUCCAACUUGCAUAUCAAAUUUGUAACAUUAUUAUAGAAUCUCACAAAGCUCAUGCUAUUCUUAGUACAAUUAUGGCAAAUUCAUUUGGUUUCUUUCUGUUUCUGGUUUUGUUUUUUGCUGUUACAGUUUUAGUUCAGGCACAACAACAAACAGGUUUCAUAAGCAUUGAUUGUGGAAGUUCAGAGAAUUUAUACACAGAUGAUGAUACAAAAAUAAAAUACAGUUCAGAUGGAUCAUACAUACAAACAGGAGUUAACGGAAACAUUUCUUCUCAGUAUGCAUAUCCAGCCAAUCCAACUCUACCAUUACCACUCUCAGAUCUCAGAAGUUUUCCUCAAGGAAACCGAAACUGUUACCAAAUCACAGGAAGAAAAGGAAGUUUAUAUUUAAUAAGAGCUACUUUCUUGUAUGGAAACUACGACAGCAAAAAAAAAUUACCCGAAUUUGAUCUCUAUGUUGAUGUAAAUUUCUGGUCAUCGGUGACAUUUAAGAAUGCUUCAGAACAAGUUACAUUGGAAAUAAUCAGCAGGGCACAAUCUGAAGAAAUAGACGUUUGUCUUGUGAAUAAAGGAAAGGGAAUUCCGUUUAUCUCAGGGUUGGAACUUAGACCGAUUAGUACUCCUAUUUACAACACUGAGUUUGGAGAUUCUGCUUCACUUUUGCUUUUCAAAAGAUGGGAUAUUGGUUCAAUCAAUGGAAGUGGUAGAUAUGAAGAUGAUGUUUAUGAUAGAAUUUGGUUUCCUUUUGGUUCCUCUUCAUGGAAAUCUCUUAACAGUUCUGGAGAAAUUGAUGUUAAUGGAGAGGGAUAUAGAGUACCAUCUGAAGUUAUGAGAACCUGUUCUACACCGAAGAAUGAGAAUGAUUCUUUGGAGUUUUCUUGGACUUCAAAUGAUCCAAAUACGAUGUUUUAUGUCUACUUGUACUUUGCUGAAGUGGAGAGACUUCAGAGAACUCAACUGAGAAAAUUCAGUGUUUCUUGGAAUGGUUCUCCUUUGAAUACAUCAGUAGUACCCAAAUACUGGCAAGCAACCUCUCUUUCUAAUUCAAAGUCGUUGGUCGCAAAUGAACAUAGAAUUUCGAUACAGAAAACCGAAGAUUCGACGCUUCCACCUAUUCUUAAUGCAGUGGAGAUUUAUGUAGUUAGACAAUCAGAUGCACUUCCAACAAUUGAAGAAGAUGUUGAAGCUAUAAAGAGUGUAAAAGAAAGUUAUAGAGUUCAAAGAGAUUGGUUUGGUGAUCCAUGUGAACCAAAGAACUACACUUGGGAAGGCUUAAAAUGCAACUACAGCACUUCACUUUCUCCAAGAAUUAUAUCACUGAAUCUAAGCAGAAGCAGUCUGAGUGGAAGCAUAACUCCUGCCAUUUCCAAUUUGACUUUCUUGGAAUCUUUGGAUUUAGAUAACAAUAGCUUAACCGGAUCAAUACCUCAGUUUUUGGAAGAAUUGAAAUCCCUUAAAUAUUUGAAUUUAAGGGGCAACCAACUUUCAGGUUUUGUUUCUACCACUCUCCUAGAAAGAUCAAAGAAGGGAUUACUUACUUUGAGGGUGGAUGAUAAAAAUCUCUCUGGUUCAAGUAAGAAAAAGAAGGUAAUUGCUCCCAUUGUUGCACCAGUUAUAUCAGUUUUAGUUCUGUUAGUGAUUGCUAUUCUCUAUUGGAAGCUUAGAAGAAGAAAUGAAAAAUCAGAGGAUGAGAUGCGUAUGAUCAACAAAAGUGUAGGAACUGUAGUAUCGAAGAAGUUACAAUACACUUAUGCUGAGGUAUUGUCCAUCACCAGAAACUUUGAAUUGGUCAUUGGGAGGGGAGGAUUUGGAAGUGUUUAUAGUGGUCAGAUGAAAGAUGGCAAUAAAGUUGCAGUCAAAAUGCUUUCUGCGUCUUCAGCUCAGGGCCCGAAGGAAUUUCAAACCGAGGCUGAACUUUUGAUGACUGUUCAUCACAAAAAUUUGGUAUCCUUCAUUGGCUAUUGUGAUGAAGGCGACAAGAUGGCACUCAUAUACGAGUACUUGGCUAAUGGCAACCUAAAAGAAAAUCUCUCAGAAAAAAGUUCACAUUGCUUGAGUUGGGAAAGGCGAAUUCAAAUAGCAAUUGAUGCUGCAGAGGGAUUGGAUUAUCUACACCAUGGAUGCAAGCCACCUAUAAUACACAGAGAUGUAAAAUCGGCUAACAUUCUUCUAAGUGAAGAUUUAGAAGCUAAGAUAGCAGAUUUUGGACUCUCUAAGGUGUUUAAGAAUAGUGAUAAUGGAAAUUCAGAAACUGCAAUUAUUCAUGUUGAUGAUAAAAAUGAAAAAUCUACAAUCAUGGGAACAAUGGGGUACCUUGAUCCAGAGUACUACAAACUAGGGAACUUGAAUGAAAAAAGUGACAUCUAUAGCUAUGGAAUUGUACUAUUGGAAUUAAUCACAGGUCUCCCUGCAGUGAUCAAAGGAAAGCCAUCAAUUCACAUACUUGAGUUUGUAAGACCACAUCUUGCUGAAAAAAGUGAUUUAAGCAAUAUUAUAGAUCCAAGACUCCAAGGAAAAUUUGAUGAAGAUUCAUGCUGGAAAAUUUUAGGAUUAGCACUUUCUUGCACUGCAUCAACCUCAAUUCAAAGACCAACAAUGAGUGUUGUGUUAUCUGAGCUUAAACAGUGUGUUAAAAUGGAGUUUCCUAGUGAUAGGGAAAUAUCUGAGCCAUCAAGACAUAUUUACAGUGAAUAUUAUACUUCAUCUGAUGCUUUUAAUUCCAUGGAGAGUGAAUCUAUGACACAUCCUUUCCCAAGGUAAUAUUGUAUAUAUUUUUUUUUUUAUCACCACCGGUUUAGUCUGGUUCGAGGGUCAGUUCUACGUCAAAGAUAAUAUUGUAUAUUGAAACACUAAGAAGCAUUCAUUUCAAUUUGUAAAUUUUAAUGAAUUUUAAUUAUAUUGAAUCAAGAUUAUACAGAAGACAAAACCAUAAGAUAAAAGACAGUAUAGGUUCCUACAUAUAGCAUUGUUUUGCCUUAUUUUAGGUUGUAUAAUUUUCUCUUAUUGAUCUUGUACAAUUAUGCUUUUAUAAUAUUAAAGUGAAGAAAUCAAAAGUUGGUGAGAAAAAUUGAUAGAAUCUUUAUGAAAGUAUAUUUGUAUAAAAUUGAAGAAAGGGUCAAAUUCUUUUAUCAUGUGUUUGAUAAAGUUUGUUGUCAUUGUCAAUAACAGAUGUAUGAUAUGCUGCAUGGAAAAAUAUUCAAUUACUUAGUCAAUAAUGGAUCUUGACUGUUAGAUUAAGAUCAGGCACACAGUUUGUAUUUUAACUUUGUGUCUGUGGAAAAUUAAUUGCAAUUUAAAUGGGAUUGAGUGGUCAAAGAAUUUUUUUAUAAGAACAAAAUAGAAAAAAUAUAAUGUAUAAGAGAACAUAAAGUGCUCCUGCAACUCUCAUUGAAAGGGGGUUGAAAUCACUUAAUCAUAAUUAAUCAUCGAAUCAGAUUAGACAAUUUAGUGAGCUAGAUAAUAGUGGUGAGAAAAAAUAUUAAUACAAAUAAAAUAAAAACAAUAUAAAAAAGGCCAAAAUUCAAAGUUCCCUUUGACCUCAUUAAAAUUUUACUAAAUAAAAUCUAAUGAGAUAAAACAUUAAUGAAGAAAAAAAAAAGGAUUGUUCAUUGAACUCCAUACAUUAUUCACCAACUCUGGUGGAAAUUUAAAAAUAUCCAUUUCUACCACUGUUCGAAAUUUGAAAUUCGGGCGCAUCACAAGACUAAAAAUUCAAUCUCAGAACUACAUGAAGUUACCCUUUGUCAUCUUAUAGGUGUGUCUGAAUAUUAAAAUAUGGAUUCACCUU